GGGGAGGAGCCAGAGGCCGGCGCCUCCGUCUCCAUUGGUUCCGCUUCUGAUGAAACCUUGAUGGUGGCCACCUCGCCGUCGGCGUGCUUGUCUUUCUUCGAGCUGCUCCUCUCCUCCGUCGACUUACGGUCUGAAAGACAAACAUGAUUCAUGAAGACCGGAGCCAUGAUCCCAGUCCAUCAAACUGGAGGAGGGACUUGAUGGAUUCCCAGUACAGAUGGGAUUGGAAUCGAGAACCAGUUCUUGUUGAGAACCGGUUUCAAAUGGUUCAAUCCAUCGACAUCAUUUACAUUUUAUCUUAAAGAUUCCUUUCUUCCUUCAAAUGUCCAUUACAUGUUUUUAUUGAUUAUAAAACAGUGCAGAGGAUCAGUGCUGUCUGCAGCUCUGCACCUCCACUCACUUGUAAGCAAAGCCACUGACGCAACGCAAACAUGCGCUGUCUUUGGAAAAUAACAUUUGACUCAAUAACAUUUUGAGUUAAUGAUGGAAACCUAUAGCUUUUUUUUUUAUUUUUUUUUUUAAAAUCAAAGAAUGGCAUUGAUAAGGGAAUCGUUAAAGAACUGAAUCGAUAAGCAGAAUCAAUAAUGGCAUCGAUAUCGAUAAAAUCUUAUCAAUUCCCAUCCCAGCAGUUUAUCCAGGUUGUUGAGAACAAGCUUUGGAAUUUCUACUGGUAUCAAAUAGAGAAGUCAGGGCAGGACAUUCAUGCGAACACUCUCAACACGCCCCAGUAAAGAGAGAGGGAGCACAGACCAGCGUUCAAAGUCACCUUUUCUGCACGUCAUCAUUUUGAUGUAGUUAACAUCAGACAGAUUCUGCAGAGACGGAGGACUGAAUGUACUAAGAUAUUCCAUACCUUCUUUUGGCCGUUUCACUCACCUUUAUCUUUUGAUGACCUCUCUCUGUCCCGGUCUCUGUCCCUCUCCUUGUCCCUGUCUUUGCUACGGCUGCGAUGGCGGUGGGAUUUGCGCUCCGUGCUGCGAGACCUCCUCCGUUCCCGACUGCGGGAGCGACGCUUUCUGUCUGAGCGCUCCCGGCUGCGCCUCCUCUCCCUGUCCCGGUCCCGGCUCCUAAAAAAGAGGACAAGUGACACAGUGUCCUCCAGAGCUAAAACCAUCCUCAUCCAGGUGGGUCUCUGCGGCGGCGGUUCCUACCUGCUGCGUUUGCGGUCCCUCUCCCGGUCCUUGUCUCGGCUCCUGGACCUCCGCCGGUCUCGGGAUCGGCUCCGUUUCCUGUCUGAUGCUCUACUGGAGUGUCGGCUGUGGGAGUGGCUUCGCCGUGACCUCCUGUCCCUGUCCCGGUCUCUAUCUCUGUCCCGCUCUCUGUCUCGCUCUCUGUCACGCUCCCGCUCCCUCUCUCGCUCUCUCUCCUUCUCUCGCUCUUUUUCUCGUUCUUUCUCUUUCUCUUCCUCCUCUUUGCGUUUUUUCUCCCUCUCCUCCCGUUCACGCUCGCGGUCUUCUCUGUCCUUCUUCAGGGCCGGGUUUUCACCUUGGGGGUCUUCUGAGCGGCGUCGCAGUUUCUCCUACAAACAAGAGUGAUGAGGUCCACCAUGAAAACCUUCUAAAACCACCUCACCCCCCAUAAAGCUUUGGUUCUGCUGGGUCUGGUUCUGGUCCUUCUCACUCACACUUACCUUCAGCUCCUCCACGGUGGACUUGAUCUUGGCAUAGCCCAUGUGUUGCUUGCCCAUCAGGUGAUCGUCCACUCGGGACUGAGCGUCGCCUACGAUGAGGAAGGCCCCACACACCUCACAGACCUCCAUCUGCUUCUCCUGGGCCGCGAAGCUCUCGAUGGUCUGGAACAAAUUCGACAUUUUCACUGAGAGGAGGAGGAGGACUGGGCCAUUAUAUGAUCGUGAUUAAUGAUCGCGAUCAAUUUCAGUUUGAUCAGGUGAUCAGCUGUGAGCAUAUUCACUUGAUCAAACAUAGCCGAACUAUGUGUGACAACAGCCAAUCAGAGUCGAGCUUUUCCUGCUCACUUCUGUAAGUUGUCGGAGAAGUAAACAGGAAGUAAACAGACAUUCACACGGCACGUUCUGAUGCACAGUUCGUAUUCUUUGUUAAAUCCGAUCUUUUUGUGCGGUCGUUCACAUUACAACAACGAAUGCGGCAACUUAUGUGAACAGAAUGUGUCCGUGAAGUGACCCGCAUGCUCACAAAGCACAAAUUGCUUUCCGCGCCUGUUUGUGUUGUCGAACAAUGGUGACGUUUGUUGCAUAUUGAUGACGUAUAGGUUAGAUGAAAGCGACCUGAGCGUACACACUGCAGUCACAUCGGGUACAUAUCUGAUUUAUGUCCACAUACAGAAGAGGCCUGGGUCGGAUUAGAACAAAUCAGAUAUGUGUCACAUAUGGUUAAAACAUCGGAAUUGACUGGAGUUUUCCCACUCACCGAGGGGGUGGAGCUGAGCAGCUCCCGCUCCUCCUUCAACUGCUCCACCAGCUUCAUCAUUCCCUGGGCCUCCUCCACUCUGCCCUCUGACCCCAGCUCCUCAAUCUGAGCAGCCAAUCACAGAAAAGACGACUUAGCUCGUUAGUAUAUGUCACAUAUUCAGAAGAGCGUCUCUGUUACAGGAGAAUCACAGUGUUACACACCUGAACCACCAGGUCUUCAAUUUUCUCUGUGAGAACCUGGACCUUCUCCUCGUUCUUCCCUGAUGGACCAGGACCCUGCAGGAUCAAACACACUAGAUCUCAGCCCCACACACACUUGAGCCCGGACAAAGAGGACGGAAACAUGCAGAGACGACCCGGAUCAUGAAUCAUGGUGCAGCUCCAAACUCAGACCCUGCAGUCACAAACUCACCCCGGCGUUCUGCUGAGCCUGGGACAGAGCGAGCCGCGCGUGUCCUCUACGAAUCCGCCUCUCUACCUCGGCCAGGAGGGACUGCAGGUAACGCAGGAAGUCCCGCUCAUACCCCUCCUUCAUGAAGCGUGAGCUUUUCUCGUACCUGCAGUAGGCAGGAGGAUAAAAACACUUUAUGGGGUGGAAAUAGAACAACUCUGAGCUCUGUUUGAAAAAUGAGAGGGACUUACGUUAACCUCAGAUUCUCGUCAUGGAUCUUUUCACACGGCCCUGUGGAAAAGAAGAAACAUUCAGACGUUAGAUCUAUCAGUGUCGGUGAUUUCUGUGGAGUUCAGGUCAGAGUUCCUCACCUAAGUCAGAGCGGGUGUUUGUGAAGAGCUCUGCAGGACAGAAUCCACACAGAUAGUAUCGACAGACCUGUGAAGAAAACAAAGAGUCAGAGUGUCAGCAGGUUUAAGAAGCAGAGACCCGGUCUGACUGAAGAGGAGAGAUCGUCUACACGAUGAACAUCAGUCUGAGCUGGAUUAAUCUGCUGCCUCCUCAUGUUCACUAAAACGCUGCAGCUGCAUCAACAAACUCACAGGAAUAUUCUGGAAAACUAAUCCUGUCUGCUCAGAGAUUUUUCUUAGAUAUGAGGUUCGGCUCCUAAGAGUGUCCCCGCUGUUAAGAAACUCUGUUCACUGCAGCGAUGAAGGUCGAGGUGAAGGAGAGGAAGAGGAGUGUGACCAUAUAGAGAUGAGAUCUGUGCUGUACAGCAGGGACUAAAGCGGAGUGCCGCAGCUCAAGGAAGAACAUUUAUGAUCAUUUCUUCAUGGAAAUACAAUCAGACCGAGACGCUAAGGCAGAAGAACUACCGCGUCUGCAGUGAAAAAUGAUUAAUAUGAUGAUUAUCAUUUCAAGGAAAUGAUAAAGAAAUAAUCAUAAAUGUUCUUCCUUGAGCUGCGGCACCCCGCUGUAGUCUGUAAUGGACUGGCCUGAGGUCUCGCUACAAACAAGAAGCUGCUGGAAGAGAGUAGGUGAGUUGUGUUUUGUCUCUUUGCUAAAGAAAUGAGUCAAAGUUAAAAAGAUGUUUGGUGGCUAGUACUAUGGCUGUGACCCUAUAUGUCCUGUUGAUGAAGUUAGGUGCUGUUCUGAGCAUUAUUUGUGGCUAUAGAGUGGCGUUUUGGUUCAGGUUUGUUUAUGGCUCCUCAGACCGCUGUGUAUUACCAUCGUGUGGUUGUUACUGAAGUUGGUAUAACUAGAGAAUCAAGCGGUCGGCAACAUUCAUCUCUGGAGGGGGGGUCUAUCUCGGUGUUACGGUGUGUUUGACCCUAACUUCAUUUUACACUGGAAUAUCCCUUUAGUUGUGUUUUAUUCUCUGAUCGAACUCUUUGGGUUUGAAAGUUUUCUUGUUACUCUGUCAUAGAAAGAGUAAAGAGUCAUUUUGGGGAGUCUGUGUCACUUUCUCUUUCUUCUGAUAAUCAGUGAGAGUGAAAACUAAAUUGCUCACAGAUCUCUACUUUAAUCUGAAGGUCUGAUCCGGAUCAGAGAGUCCCUGCAGGACUCUGGUUUGGCUGAACCGGUUUCUAUGAAGACUUCAAUGAACCACGUGACAGAUGGAUGUUAAUUAAAUGUGAAUUAAUAAUUAAACACAGAGACUAAACUGAGUUUUUAAAGUUAAUUUAGAUUUAAAUGAGUUUAUCUGUGAUGGCGGGACCUUCCCCUACUAUCCUACAGGACCGUUAGCACUAGCAUUAGCAUUAGAGGAACCGCUCAUGGACCCGAACGAUCAUGAAACAGGUUUUUCUCUUAAACCCAGACGGUUCUGACCCCCUCACACACUCCGAGGUUCUGGUUCCAAUAACCAUGUCGAACCAGUCUCCCGAACCCGGUCUCAUUAGCCUGAAGCUAACUGAAGCAGCUAACUGAAGCUAACCGAAGAAGCUAACUGAAGCUAACUCACGCUCUCGUCGUCCCAGCGGACAUUGGACCGUUUCUCAUCCGGAGCCAGGUUCCGGUCCCGGCCCAUUAACUCGUCAAGGAGCUGGGCGGCGGACAGCAUCGUCGCAGGGGAGAGGGGUACCGCUCUGGAUGUACAGAAACCGUCUCCUUAUGAUCCCGAACCGAACCUCCACAAAGCGCUCCACUUCAAAAUGGCGAGCGACGCUCCAACACCCGCUUCUCUUCUGCAUCCGGCUGAGCUACACCGACCUCUGACCCGGAAACACAAGUCCGACCGUUACGUUAAAACCUCCUUUAAUUUACGAGAGUGAGUCAUUACUAACGAGAAUGAAGUCGUAAUAAAAUCAUUAUUUACCAAAAUAAGUUCGUAAUAAAGUAAUCACGAGAAUGAAGUUGAGAUAAAAUCAUUACUUAGAUAAUUAAGUCGUGAUAAAGUAAUUACGUAUGAGAGUAAAGUCAGAAUAAAGUCCUUAAAUUCAAACCUGCUGUCUAAGAGCUUCUGUUGCUAACUGGUUCCUGACUAAUAAGCUAACUCUUAAUGUAAAAAAAAUGUAACUUCAUGAUCUUCUGCAACAAAAACAAAUCUUAUCCAAAAGAAGAAGCCAAAAUAUCAAUGAAUGGUACCAAAAUCUCUCAAGUUCCCCACACCACUUUUUUGGGUGUUUAUAUUAUAUUAUUAUAUCAGUCAAGUUUGCAAAAGGUCAAUGAAGAGCCUCUGUAUAAUCAAUAGGGUCUGUCCCCUGAUCAAUCCCUCUGCUCAUUUGUCUUUGUAUUAUAGCUUUCUAUUUCCAUACAUGAACUUUUGUAAUAUUGUAGGGUGUACAACGUAUAUUAUUAAUCCAGAAAAGAUUCUUAAGAAUGAUAUCUCGAUCUAGCAAACACGAACUUCUGCACCUCUCUUAUCUAAAUAGUCCAUCUUACCAAUUGACAAACUCAGUGUCUUUCACUCUUAUGUCUCCGAGUUCAAUAACAAACAAGCCCUUCCUGAAACUUUCCGAAACUUUUUACCUUUUCAUCCGACCUUCACCCGUACUCAACUUGACAAAAUGACCAUCUUCAGUUACCUUCCUGUGGAACUUCUAGUCAUCAGUCUAACAUCUGUUUUAGAGGUCCGAAACUGUGGAAUAAUCUGGAUGCAUCUCUAAAAUCAAUAUCAUCCCUCAGCUCCUUUUAAAUAUCAUUAAAAUCUCAUCUGAUCAUGUCUUAAAUACAUCAUUAUUUGUUAUGAUUAUGUUUCUUUCCUUUGUAUGAAUACCUAUAUUGUCUUUAUCACUGUUUGAUGAUUAGUCUGUGUUCUAUUUAUGAGAAUUUGUAUCUGUUUGACCUUUCCCUAAUCAUUGUAUAUUUAUAACCUGUCUAUGCCCGAGUUACUUUGUCGUCUGCACCUUAUGCUUCAUCUAUCGGCUUCGUUCCCUCCUUGCUCUGUUUUUAAUCUGUGCGAAAUAAAUAAAUCAACAAAAAUAAGAUGACAGUUGUUAAAAUGGAGCAUUUCGUGAAAAUGUACUUCAAUAUAUGUUUCUCAAACAAGGAGAUACUUCAUCUUUUGUCACACCAGCACCACAUUAUCAUAAGUAUAGUAGUAGUAGUAGUAUGUUACGACUUUAUCCUUGUUAGUGAUAACUUUGAUCUCGAAGUCUUAAUAUUCCUUUUAGUCUUUUUUUCCUUAAUGUGGCCUUAAUACUCUGUCGUAAUUAUCACUGAUUUUUCACUAGGUUUUAUUCUUUUCUUGUUGCAUAUACAAGUUAUCGAUUUAGUCUGUGAUGGUUUUGUUUGCUCUUGGAAGACAUGAAAAGACAUUUAUAUUAAUUUCAGUAACAUUUCACAAAAGUAUAAAACCAUGACUGAGAUGAUUUAACCCUUCGUUUAAAGGGCGGUUAGACUUUAACAUGAAGCUGCUGAAGGUCUCCAAGAACCUCAAACAGCAAACUGUUUUUCUAAACUAUUGAGAUGAUUAUCCUUUCUACCUUCUUAAUUAAAAAAAUAUAUAUCUGUAUGAAAAAUUAUUCUUUCAUCCAUAAACAACUCCUAAAAUUUUGUCAUGAUUAUGCAUAAUAUAUUUCUGAAUUAUGCCGUUAAUUCGGAAAAGUACUUUUGCUUAUAAAAAAGUAGGAAAUUUUACAAAAAAGUUCUCAACUACUGUAAAUGUACAUUAAAACUCUUUUUCUGUCCACACCAUACACUGAUAUGGAAAAAUGAAUAUUUUUAUAUAAACAACUUUGGUUUAACGUCUUUAGAUGACAGAGGGAACAUUCUGGACUUUGGUAAAUUCAGGUGUAAAUAUUUAGAAUAUACAGUAACCAUUAAAAACAUCAAAUAAAACCCAUUUACGGACUGAUAAGGACAUUAAAUCCCAGUCUCUCUCUGCAGCUUCUCUUAGGAUUCUCAUUUAUCUCAUGUGAAGUCUAAUCUUGUUAAACUUACUGUUGAAUUAAAGUUACGGUUUGUAGGAGGAGAAAAUAUCAACAACUCCAGAAAGAGGGUGGAACUUUUAUUCGUUCCCACUGGUGUUACAUGUAAACGUGCCCCCCGAUGAGGCGGUGGUGUUUCUCGGACCCGCCUCAAACUGACAGACUGGUUCUGGAUUUCAGAGAUUUACUUUGAAACAUGAAGUAAAAAGGGGGACAGACGAAGGAGCCCGGAUCUGCUCUGGAAACACCCCGAACCCCAACAGCUCGAACUCUGUUAGCCGAACCUGCUAGAACUCCACAGACCGUGAACCAGCAGGUGGGUCCGAUAAUCCGGGUUUUAGCCGUCAGGUCCGAUCUUGGAGGACACCGGUAGGAUCAUCCUUAAUCCCCAAGGCUCCUAUGGUUUUAGCAGGUUAGCUGAGUCCCAACAUGUCCACCACCUCCCUGGAUAAGGAGCUCCAGGAGCGGCUGAGAGAGGCGUCCGCUAUCGGGGACAUCGACGAGGUCCGGUCCCUGGUGGAGACCGGAGUCAAUGUGAACUCCCAGAACGAGAUCAACGGAUGGUGAGGAGCUGGUUCUGAUCCAGAUUCAGGGUUAAGAGAGAGUUAAUACCGAGGUUUAGAUCUGUUCAGACUGUUUCAGACCUGUCAGACUGUUGUAGACCUGUUUCAGACCUGUCAGACUGUUUUGGACCUGUUCCAGGACUGUUUCAGACCUGUUCAGACUGUUUCAGACCUGUUCAGACUGUUACAGACUGUUUAGACCUGUUCAGACUGUUUCAGACCUGUUUCAGGACUGUUUCAGAUCUGUCAGUCUGUUUAGACCUGUUUAGACCUGUCAGACUGUUUCAGACCUGUUUCAGGGUAGCGUAGAGAGAGCAGGAGUUGUGUUGAUGGUCUUGAAACAGAAUCAGAACCAUGUUUGUGUCUCGGUACCAGGACCUGUCUGCACUGGGCCUGUAAGAGGAACCAUAAGAACAUUGUGUCGUACUUACUGAGCCGUGGCGCCGACAAAGACAUCCUCACCGCCAAAGACGAGCUGGCCUCACAGCUGACCUCCAGACCUGAGAUCAAACGACUUUUAGGAGGUAAGGAGCAGGUCUCUGGUUCAGCGACGUUUUCCCGUCCUGCGAUAUUGCAGAAUUAAUUUUUUCGGAUCAUGGUAGAUUUUUCUGAAGUUUCGCAUACUGUGUUUUCACUUCUGACCAAUCAGAUUUUGUGUUGUUGCGACAUCAGAUUCACCGGUAUAUCCAACAUGGCCGACCAGCUCAUUGUUAACAUGUCACCUCUGAUUGGCUAUAAGUGCUGUUGGUGUUUUCAGAGCGGUGUGUCCUCUCCUCUGAAAUAAUAAUAACCCUCUUUACUCUCUGUCCUGCAGUUGAGGUGGAGGAAGUGCCUGAAGUCAAAGAGCCCGAGCUGCCAAUCAUCCCCAACUACCUGUCCAACCCGCCGUUCAUUUAUUCCAAGAUGGAUAACAAGGUGGAGGCGGUCCUGGACCAGCACCUGACCCAGAAUGGUUCUGCAGAACACGCUGAGGACGCAAACAGUGAUACAGCGUCCCUGUCUCCGACUUAUGAGCCUCAGAAACCGCAGAGCCUGGUCUCUGACGGGCCCGCCUCCCCCGCCAACCCCACCACCCACAGCCAGAGCCAGGCCGCAGAGUUCAUUCCUGUGAGCGAGCAAAACGGCAUGUCCCCGAGCCCGGCGUCAUCCCACAACCACGCCGUGGUUAACUGCACAGUCCCCAUGGACCUGUCGGUGGAGCCCCACCUCGUCAACCACGCCGACUAUCCCCACACGGUGGCGCACAACGGCGCCCUGUGCUCUCCUCCGCUCACCUCACAAAGCCCAGGCCUGGGCAGCGGCGGCGGCAGCCAGGUCCAAGCCCCGGUGGCCGGCGCCAACCCAACAAUGAGCCGGCAGCAGUCCAUCCCACAGCAGCUGAGCCACGGGCAGGCCGGGGGGGCCAUGCCCGCCUUCCAGCCAUUCUUCUUCACCAGCACAUUUCCUGUCAACGUACAAGGUGAGAGAGACACUUCCUGUCAGAAGAUUCAGGGUGACGGAACACCAGGGUGGGGUAUCAAGUAUCGAGUAUCGAUGGGGAUCGGGGAUUCUCCUGGAAUAGUUCAAAUUUUAAAAUUUCAAUUCCAAGUUUCGGUGCCGGAGUCCGCCGACAGGAAGAAAUAGCCGCCGAACACCAACGAAGAAGAAGAAGCCGCCGAACACCAACAAGGACCAAGCGUAUGAGAGGAAGCCACAGAGAGAGAGAAUAAAGACAGAGAGAGAGAGAGAGAGUGCAUUACAACCCACAGCCACUGUGGACGAAAUAGGGAAUCGAUAGGAAUCGGAAUAGUUCAAAAUCAAACGAUACCCAACCCUACCGAACACCUUCUACACGCUCGCUGCACCGUCAUUGGUCGGUCAGUUUAGGGUGGAGAUGAUUGGUCCAGCAGAGGAAGGUUAAAGAAGUUUUAGCAGCAGCUUCAGUGAAUUAGAAGUUGAAUCUUUAGUGUUUCAGAAACACGUGGAGGAACUUUCAGACAGAGGUUUGAAGAUUCUUUUUAGUUGGAGGUUAUGGAGACCUGAAGUUUCCUCCAGACCUCCAGCGCAGACUCUGAUUUAUUAAUCUAAAAAUAAAGUUAUUGUUAUUAUUUUGGAAACACGCCUGUCACUUUGAUGUGGUGACCUGCUCUCAGGAACAGGAGGAACAUUAAAGACAGGAAGACUGUUUCUGAGGUGAACUUGUCAAACCAGAAAGAGUUGAUUCUCUCUCUGGGUGAGCCGGUCUCAGACUCACACAGAGUUAAGUCUUUAUUUUAGAGAGCAGACACUCAGUCAUGGAGUUCUUAUCCAACCUUUUCAAACAGACUCUGAAGAAACUCUGUGAACAGGCUGAUCCGGUUUGAAGUCCAGCUCUUUAAAGCUGCUUAAAGCUGAGCGACUGAUUCUGUGUGGAGGUUUUUUUCACUCAUCUGGAACCAAAUUUCGGGUUUAAAGUUCUACAUUUGGUCACCUUAAUGUGAACCAUGACAGUUCACAUAAGACCUGAAUAAAACCUGGACCUAAUCCAGAGGACAGAGAUCCACUUUCAGGAAAGUCAGGGUCUCAUUCUGCAGCCGGUUCAUGACUGAGGCCGUGUGUGUCACACUGAAAAAUGUCCCCCUCUAAGCUGAUAUCCAGAUUAACUCAACAACAACAUGUCCAAAGUGUUCAAAGUUCACUCUGACAAAGUUCACUCUCUUCAGUGAUGUAAUCCACAGGUGGAGUGAAAGGAUCAGAGGUGUCAGACCUGCAGGUUUGCAGAGACCUCUUCCUCAUGUCGGACCUUUGAGACCUCCUCCCUGAUUGGGUUUUAAAAGGAGUCGAACUUCACCCUGGAAGUUUGAUCCGUUUCCUGUAAACCUGAAUCUGAUUCUGUAGAGAAGAAGACCAUGAAGUCCUAGAAGACUAAAAGUCCACCUCACUCAGUCUGUUUCCAUGACACUCAAGAAUUUAUCGCCUUAUUCCGAUUAAGACCGGACAACUGAAGGUCACGUAAACACCUUAGUCCGACUUUAAUCAGAGUUCUUAAACUUUGAUAAAGAUGUUGUUGUUGACGGUUGUAUGGGGUCGGAAACAGCGCCGCUGAAAAGACCCAUAUCGCCCCCUAGUGUUGGGGAGGAGGACACGUUCACAUCAAUAAUUCGAUUUUCUUCAGAGUGAGCACUGAGUGAGUCUCAGCUUGGUUUUGAGUCACAGCGAUAUCUCUGGUUCCGGUUCUCCUCCGCAGAGUUGGUGCUGAAAGUUCGGAUCCAGAACCCCAACGCCAGAGAGAACGACUUCAUCGAGGUGGAGCUGGACCGCCAGGAGCUCACCUACCGCUCCCUCCUCAGGGUGUGCUGCCGUGAGUUGGACAUCAGCCCUGAACAAGUGGAGAAGAUCCGCAAGCUCCCGAACACCAUGCUGAGAAAGGUGAAGGAGGGGCGGGUGUGUGGACGGGGUCUUGGUCUUUGUUGUUGUCCUUGUUACUGAGAUGUUCCUCUCCUGUUCUCCUCCUCUCCAGGAUAAGGACGUGGCUCGGCUGCAGGACUUUCAGGAGCUGGAGGUCGUGUUGGAGAAAGCCGAGGGUCUGUCUCUGUUCUCGGGGACUGGAGGUCUAACUGACAGACCCUGUUACAACAUGAAGGCCUCUCGCCUCACCUAUUAAACACCCCCACCCUCACCUCCACCCCCCCAGAAGACCAGGAGGUCUCCCUGCGACUUCUGUAGCUUCCUCCAGUGACCGUUCCUAGUUUCCUCUCCGGGUCUCUUCUUCAGCUUUUCCAGCCUUCAGUGUUCGGCCUCCUUCCAAACUGAGAGCUUUUUUAUCGACUUCUGUAGCUUCUGUCCUCCUCUGGUCCUCCUCCACUCCUCCUCUGGUCCUCCUCCACUCCUCCUCUGGUCCUCCUCCACUCCUCCUCCGCUCCUCCUCUGGUCCUCCUGCCGCUUCAGUGUACCCGGUCAGCUCUAAGUGGUUUCUGAUGCAUGGUGUCCUGGAUUAUGUGCAGAAGUCUUCAGGCCCCCCUCUCCUCCUCUCUCCUCCUUUCGCUCCUCCUCUCUCCUCCUUUCAUUCCUCCUCUCUCCUCCUUCCUCUCUCCUCCUCCUUUCACUCCGUCUCUCUCCUCCUUUUGGUUCUCCUCUCUCCCUCUCUCACCUCCUCUCUCUUCCUUCCUCUCUCCUCCUUUCACUCCUCCUCUCUCCUCUUUUUGCUCCUCCUCCUCUCUCCUCCUCCUCUUCCUCCUCCUUUCGCUCCUCCUCUCUCCUCCUUUCUCUCUCCUCCUUUUGGUUCUCCUCCUCUCUCCUCCUUUUGGUUCUCCUCUCUCCCUCUCUCACCUCCUCUCUCUUCCUUCCUCUCUCCUCCUUUCACUCCUCCUCUCUCCUCUUUUUGCUCCUCCUCCUCUCUCCUCCUCCUCUCUCCCCCUCUCUUCUCCUCUCUCCUCCUCCUUUCGCUCCUCCUCUCUCCUCCUCUCUCCUCCUCCUCUCUCCCCCUCUCUUCUCCUCUCUCCUCCUCCUUUCGCUCCUCCUCUCUCCUCCUCUCUCCUCCUUUCGCUCCUCCUCUCUCUUCCUUCCUCUCUCCUCCUUUCACUUUGCCUCCUUCCUCCUUUUGGUUCUCCUCCUCUCUCCUCCUUUCACUUUGCCUCCUUCCUCCUCCUUUCACUCUUCCUCUCUCCUCCUUUUGGUUCUCCUCCUCUCUACUCCUUUCGCUCCUCCUCCUCUCUCCUCCUUUCACUCCUCCUCUCUCCUCCUCCUCUCUCCUUCCCCUCUCCUCCUUCUCUCUCCUCCUCUCUCCUCCUUCCUCUCUCCUCCUUUCUCUCCUCCUCCUCUCUCCUCCUUCCUCUCUCCUCCCUCUCUCCUCCUCCUCUCUCCCCCUCUCUUCUCCUUCCCCUCUCCUCCUUCUCUCUCCUCCUCUCUCCUCCUUCCUCUCUCCUCCUUUCUCUCCUCCUCCUCUCUUCUCCUCUCUCCUCCUCCUUUUGGUUCUCCUCCUCUCUCCCUCUCUCACCUCCUUUCGCUCCUUCUCUCCAGUGGGACCACAGACGGAGAGGUCGGCUCGUCUUCCUGCACUCUGGACCUGAACGGGGUUUUUCUGUAGCCUUAUCUGGACUCACUUCUAGACUGGACUGAUGGACCUGAGAGCAGAGGAUGAUGGGAAGGAUGGUCAUUGGUCCACAGAGAGGUCAGAGGUCAGGACCAGCAGAGGGACAUCAGUGUUUCUGUGUUCAGACAUUCACACACGCUGUCGGCUGCACCUUCAGUGUCUUUCCAGCAGAGGGCGCCCUAAACUGACCUAAAGAGAGGCUGAGAAAGAACCGGACUGAUCAGACUUUAGUUCACGGGCCAAACCCACAUCAAACUUCACACACACACACACACACAGACAUGUUAUCUUCAUCAUCAUCAUCAUCAUCGGGUCGUUGACGGUGGAGAAGACGUCUGGACUUCUGUGAAGGUUUUUUCUUAAACGCGCCGCAGCUUCAAGAAGAACUUUUGAUUUUCCGAGACUCUCGAUCCCGACGGUGAACUCUUGAUUUCACUUCAGUUCUCCGUGUUCAGUCUAACGUGGGUCAGGAUCAGGAUCAGGGUUGGAUCACAAAGAUCUGAAGAGUCCGGUUCUAACUGGACUCUUCUACAAGAAGAAAGUCAGAAUUUUACCAACAGACUGUGGGGGACCUGGAGCCAAACUCCAGACCCUCUCCGUGGAUCAUCUCUCAGAGUCCUGGAUGAAGCUCAUGACAAACUUGAACAUUGAUGAUCAGAUACAGGAGACCACAGGUAACCAGCCCAGGUCUCCUCCAGCCAAUCAGAUAAUCAGAUGGUGUUGUGGGCGGGACAAGCCGGACGCCUCAGAACCCUGAGCAGUCCUUUCACUUCUGACUUUGUUCUUGGAGAGCUGAGGUCGAGUCUGUUUCCCUGUAGUGGUCUGAAGGUCCGCUCUGCUGGACUUCAGAGACUCUUCAUGGAGGUUUGAGUCUGAGCUGCAGGUUUUCGCCUUAUUUGUUUCAGUCGCUCUUAUUUAGUUAAACCAAAAACUGAUGGAGCCAGCGGAGCCGCCACCUUCAGAAGAGCCUGGUCCUCCUCUGAGGGUCACAGCAGGAGCAGGAGGAGGAGACCCCCUGUCUGGUUUAUCAUCAAGUGCUUCCUUUGUCCUCCUCAGACUGAGUCUCUGACUCCUGGGUUUAGACCGGGGCUAAGUUGAACCUCAGACUGAGUUUAGUCCCAGCCUAACCCGGCUCAGAUCUCUGGAAGCCUUCAGUUCAGAUAUUUUCGUUAUUUAACGUCGUUUUAGUUCGAUAAUCGCAGUCUGACUAACUCUCCACACUACAGCGUUCUUGUUCUGUAUGUAAAGACUGAAACCAGACCAAGAGAGGUCAAAGGUCAUGCUGCUUUCAUCAUCAUCAUGUGUUUUUUUGGACGGCCGUGGAUCAAACUGUUUACUGUUCAGAUGAAACCUAAAGCUCUUACUGUCUUAGUUUGUUUUCUGAGACUUUCUCUUCAUUUUUAUUAUUAAUUAUUAUUUUGUUUUUUAACCAGUUCGGCCUGUUUGUGUUUGUGUCAAAGCCUACGAGGGUUAAAGGUCGAGGGGAGCGCCGAGAUGCUGUUGUUAAAGCUAAGUGCAAUGAUGGGGGAGAGGAGGUGUUUCAGGAGGAGGAGGAGGAGGAGCAGAUCCUGUCCAAGGCCUUAGAAAGAGGAGCUGGACCCUUCUGGACGUUUAGUGCCGGCUGAGUGAGAGUAGCAUGUUUGACUUUCUCCGAUCUUCUUCGUUUCUCCGGGGAGGAGCUCUCCAUCCUUGUACAUGUGGGGUUGCUAAUUGUUCUAGAAAAGCAGAGUAGAGUUUGGAUUAACCUAUGCAUUCAGAGUCAGAGGAUAUUUUUAUAUAUUCAGUCUUCUUGUAAAAACCAUCGUAGGAAAUGUUCAGGCUGUUUUUGUGUUCCCAAGACUUGGAUCUGUCUGAUUCGUUAAGCAUGGUCAAUUACUCCACCUCUUUUUCUCCACCUGCCUGAUAUCACAAAAACAUGAACCUCUGGACCAUGUGCUGCAGGUUCGACUCCUCUCUGCCGGCCUCGAGGGAGCAGCAGAGCAGGAAUGCGAACCUUCUCUCCGUCAUCUGGAUGUCGUCGUUAACUCCAGAGCGAGGAUUUGAAAGCCUGUGUUUGACUCUGGGACGAGCUCAGCGGUCUGGACGCUCCUGAGUGAGACCUCGGGGGUCCUCAGAGCUCUGAUAAUCCUCUACUUUAAAGAGACCCUCCCUCAGAGCUGGAGUUCCUGCUGACUUUGGUUUCUAUCCGCUCAUGCUCACAGCCUCUGUUGCAUUUAUGAUUCCUUUACUGAAUAAUAUUGAUUUGAGAAAAUGUAGCAGAGACACUUUAUUAUGAUCCCAUACAUGCACCUGUAUACUGCUAAUAAAUGUAGUUCAUAUAAAAACA